GAGGCGGGGCCGGAGGGACCCGGCGGCGCUGCCCAGUGCCGGAGCCGAGCGGGUGCAGGUGGGGGGCACCCAGCCGGGGCCGCCCGACACGGCCCGGGGCGGCUGCGGGCAGCCCGGUACCGGGGGCAGCGCCAGGAGCGGGUACCGGUACCGGGGGACGGCAGCAAACGGGGGAGAAGUGGGGAGAGGCAGGAAUUGGGGCUCGGUACCGGCGGCUCUGCCAGGGGGUGGGGGAGCUGCCGGUACCGGCGGGGCAGCCGUAGGGUAACGGGCGGCUCCGGUGCCAGGGGGUAGGCGACGGGAGAAACGGUCCCGGGAACGCGGCGCGGUGCCGGGAAGCGGGGACCCGGUCCCGGAGGGCAGUGACAGGCGAGGGGAGCGGGACCGGCACCGGAUAAAGCGGCGAGAUAAAGAAAAAGGGGGGGGGGGGGGCCGGUACCGGAGCGCAGGACCCAGACGAGGCGGGGGGGGGGGACCGGAAUCGGGGCACGGUGCCAGGAGCGGGGAGAGGUCCCGGUGCCGGGGCGGUGCCAAGAGCGGGGCGGCCGGGGCCGGGCCAGUGCCAGGAGCGCGGUGCCCGGGACCGGUUCCCGGUGCCCGUCCCGGGGCCGCAGCGGUAGGAGGAGGGGGCUUUUCCCGUCGGGGACCCCCCCGGGAGCAGGGUGCAGCGCCAGGAGAGGGGGUGCCGGGUCCGUGGGCGCGGGUGGGAAACGCUCCGGUGCCCGGGCGCUCCGAGUGGGUGGUGGCGGCCCCGGGGGGGGGGGUGCGGGGGUGCUUGGGGAGGGGUUGUCACUCGUCCCGGGUGGCCGCGGGUCCCGGAGCGGCGACGGGCCCGUGGGUGUGAGAAGGAAACGCCGCCGACCCGCCCCUGGCACCGGGAGCCGCUAAAAGCCCCGGGGCCGCCGCGCCGGUGCCAUGCCCGCCCCGGCCGCCCGUGCCCCCGGUGACUGAAGCGGGGGCCGCGGAGGCAGCGGGGCCCGGCGGAGCUCGGCGGCCGGGAUGCCCCGGUGCAGCCGGUUCGCCCUCGGCCUCCUCGGCCUCGCCGCUUUCCUGCUGGCCUCUCCGGUGCUGGGCUGCGGGCCGGGCCGGGGGCCGGUGGGGCGGCGGCGGUUCGGGCGGCGGCAGCUCUCGCCGCUGCUCUACAAGCAGUUCGUGCCCAACGUGCCCGAGCAGACGCUGGGGGCGAGCGGGAAGGCGGAGGGGAAAGUCCUGCGGGGCUCGGAGCGCUUCAGGGAGCUGGUGCCCAACUACAACCCCGACAUCAUCUUCAAGGACGAGGAGAACACGGGGGCGGACCGGCUCAUGACCGAGCGCUGCAAAGAGCGGGUGAACUCGUUAGCCAUCGCGGUGAUGAACAUGUGGCCGGGGGUGAAGCUGCGGGUGACGGAGGGCUGGGACGAGGACGGGCACCACCUCCCCGACUCGCUGCACUACGAGGGCCGGGCGCUGGACAUCACCACCUCCGACCGCGACCGCCACAAGUACGGCAUGCUGGCACGCCUGGCCGUGGAGGCCGGCUUCGACUGGGUCUACUACGAGUCCAAGGCGCACAUCCACGUCUCCGUCAGAGCAGGUGGCCGCGGGGACCCACCGGUGGCGUUCUCCACCCUCGCAGAUAAUUCCCUGGCCGUGCGCACCGGCGGCUGCUUCCCGGGCCACGCGAUGGUGACGCUGCGGAGCGGCGAGCGCCGGGGUUUGGCCGACCUGCGCCGGGGCGACUGGGUGCUGGGUGCCGAGCCCGGCGGGCGCCUGGUGCCCACCGAGGUGCUGCUCUUCCUCCACCGCGACCUGGGCCAACGCGCCUCCUUCGUGGCCAUCGAGACGGCCAGCCCGGCUCGCCGGCUGCUCCUCACCCCGUCCCACCUCGUCUUCGCUGCCCGCGGGGCCGCCAACGGCUCGGCCGCCUUCCUGCCCGUCUUCGCUCGCCGCCUGCGCCCGGGGGACGCGGUGCUGGCUCAGGGGGCUGGCGGGCAGGGGCUGCGCCCCGCGCGCGUGCUGAGGGUCUCGCGGGAGGAAGGCGUGGGGGUCUUCGCCCCCCUCACCUCCCACGGGACCCUGCUGGUCAACGGGGUGCUGGCAUCCUGCUACGCCGUCCUGGAGAGCCACCGCUGGGCCCACCGCGCCUUCGCCCCCCUGCGCCUCUUCCACGGGCUCCUCUCGCUGCUGCCUGCCCGCGCCGAGGGGGGCAACGGGACGGCACCGGAGGCGGGCGUGCACUGGUACUCGCGCCUGCUCUACCGCCUGGCCUGGGGGGUGCUGGGCCACGAGGCUGCGCAGGCGUAGAGCCCCCCCCCCAACCUGCAGGGCUCAUGCAGGAGCACCAGGACCAGCGCCAGACCCCUCGCACCCAUGGGUGCCAAGGAGGAGGUGUGGGGGCCCCCCAGGGAUGUUGGGUGCCCCUUGGCUGGGCACUGCUUGGGGUGAAGAGGGGGGGCAUGGUGCAGGGAGCGGGGCUCAGCCCCCUCCCAUGUUCUGGGGGCCACCCCACAGCACUGCUGGGGGGCGUUAGGUGGCCCCCGUGCCCCAGCCCCCCCCCCCCCCCCCCGUGUGCUCCCCCCGUAUUUAUUGCUUUAUUAACCGCUGCGCCUGGGGACUGGGGCACUGCCCCUGGAGCUGAGAGGUGUCCCCAUCACCCGGAGUGUCCCCAUCACCUGCGGUGUCCCCGUUACCCCCGGUAUCCCUGUCACCUAUGGUGUCCCCAACACCUACGGUGUCCCCUUCAGCUGCGGUGUCCCCACCACCCGUGGUGUCCCUGUCACCCACAAUGUCCCCGUCCCCCAACGUUGUCCCCACACCGCUCGGGGCUGCAGGGCAGGGAGGGGGCCCAGCUCUAACCCGCGCUAACCGCUAACCCGCCCUGCUUGAGAGUUUUAUUUUUCUAUUUAUAAAUGUAAUAUAAACGUCCUCCGGCCAGCCCCCCCACCCCACCCCCAGACCCCCAUCGGGGGGCAGGGGGGGCGAGCGUGCUUUUAACCACUUCUGGCCCCCCCCCAAAAAAAGAAUAAUACUAUUUAAUUGUUUUCGUAAAUAAAGAGAAAUCUAUGGCCCA